AUGUCGAGAAGAACCAAUAACCAUAAAAGACGUAGAAAUGUUACGGACGACAAUAUAGAGGUUGGUCAAGAAAUUGCUGUUGAAUUGGAUUCAGACGUUUUUAUAAAUCAAACGUUUUUCUUAUAUCGGUGUACACCUUUUUACAAAUUCGAACAUACCGAUUUUACUCUAUAUGGAAAAGAAUUACAUAAUUUCAUCACUGGUCAAAUGUUAAAUACAAUUCCAUCAUUAGAUCAUGAGAUUAGAGAAGAGAAUGAUUUUACAUCAGAAGGAAAAGUUGUAGAAAUAUUCAUAUCAAAGAUAAAAUUAUCUGAUUGGAAUGGUACUAAUGGUAUGCCAAUUGGAAUUGAGAUAAAGUUCAAGCCGAAAGGGACCGCAAAGGAGCAGAUAUUUCACAUAGUGUUCUUGCCAAGUAUUGUUAGUCGUGAUUUCAUAAAUAAAAAUUCACCAUUUAGUCAUUAUCCUGUUAUUCUAAUAAAGGCUCCUCAGCGACUCGCGAAUAUUGCGAUCGAAUGGUUUGAAACCCGAUUUGAUUGCAGAAUAUGCAGAUAUCGUCUACAGUCGUCAUGUCUAAAAAUAUUUAUAGAAGAAUGGGCAAACAUAAGUUUUACUUGCGAUGACUUUAUUCAAAAUUUAUUGAAUACACGAUUAAUCGCAAAACCACUUGAACUCACAUACACCAUCCCAAAUAUUUCGGAGAUCAAAAAUAUAAAGCUGAGGAUGUCCAUUGUUGAUGUCAAACAUCUUUACGAUAGAUUAAAAGAGCAACCUACAGAAUCACAGCGUAUAAUGGAAGGAAUUGAAAAAUAUUUCUUUGAAAAUCUACGUAUUAAUCUCUCCUCGUUGGCACUCUCUAAGAUUGGCAACAAUGCAGCAUUAAUCGCUGGCGAAGGAAAAUUGAAGGUUGAAAGCGCUUCUCAACUAGAUUAUGAGAUAAAGCAAAUGGUUGAAAGGUUUCAAGAAAAAGAAACUGAACACACUUGGUCGGGGUUUGAUGCUGCUUUAACUCGUUUAAUUGCUAUAACUCGAGGCAAAUUGAUAGAAGAAAUGGCUAAAACACUUGGAUUUAAAUUUGAUGCAUUGUCAGAAAUUUUUGUACCAUCUAUUAUUAAAUUAUGCAUGCGUACAAAAAAAACCACUCUUAUUCGAGCUCAAAAAUGCGUGAAAACGAUAAUUCGAGAAUGUCGACUACCAAACCUUAUCCCGAAAUUUAAAGAAGCACUGCAAAAUCAAAGUAAAACCUUAAGGAAUUGUGCGGCUGAAUGGAUCCAGAUAAGUUUGGAAGCGAAUGAGGUUGGAGAUUUGAAUAAUUAUAUUGCUGAUAUCGAAUGGUCCAUCCGGCAAUGUGCAUCUGAUCCAUCAGCAGAUGUUAGAGCUAUUUCAAAGCAGAUUUUUGAAAUUUAUAAAUCGAAAUUUGAUUUAAGAUUAGAUACUUUCGUCGCGACUAUAAAAAAGGACCCUAUUAUUUCAAAAAUUUUAGGCAUUAAAGAUAAACCAACAAAAACAAACGCCCUACCACUCAUAAAAACGUUGAAAACCCGCAAGAUGAAUCACGUUCGAGAAAUGCAAAGUGACGUUAUUAUAUUUACUAAAAAUGGAGAUAAUGUGCAAAUAAUUAACGAUAGUGAAGACAAGGUGCAGAUAAUUAAAGACAAAAGAUUGCCUUUAAAUAAUGAUAAUUCUAACUCAUCUGUGGAUAAGCCAGUUAUUACCGAAGAACCGUCUUCACUUGAUGAGCCGCAAGAUGCUGCUGUUGCUUUAACCACAUCUACUGGGUUUGCCACGUUAAAGCGACCAAAGUUGUCAUCAUCAAAAUCUCAACCCGUUAACACUACUGCUCAAAGAGUACCAGCUAAGCCGACAAGGGCUCAGGUGGUUAAUACAUCUUCGAUUAAUCGUGACGUAGGCACUGGAACUGGAGGAGCUCAACGCAUUCGAUCUAGAGAGCAUACUAUAACGAUCACCGAAGAUAAAAAUAAGGCUAGUCGUAUUCUAAAUACAAGCAAGACCAAUAACAUUAAACCGUCAAGACCACCUAUUAUUCGUACAACGAGUGCACCGGCUGAUAGUCCUGCUAAAAAAAAGCCAUCUCAUAAAUUCAACAAUAUUAAAUCAAAGACAGUUCCUAUCAUAGGUCAUAAAUCUUCGAGAGAAACAGAAUCAGUAUCGAAUUCAGUUUUUAGACCUUUGAAGGUGACAGCAACUGCUACUUCAUUGACAGAAGGGUUAUUAACGACCGCCAAUUUAACUAUAACAAUAUCAACUGCAUCUAAACAAUCUAACCGUAACAAAAUUGGAAAACCAACGCCUACAAAUGCACGACUAUUUGGUAGACCCAGGGAACGUCAACGCCAAUUUUCUCCUUAUCAAAAACCUGCUAUAGAUUUCGCAACUAGAAAAUUUGGAAAAAAGCCACUACCAGACCGUGAAGAGUUAACUGCAAAAGUGAAUGCAUUAGCCAAUCACGCCAUUGAAGUAGUAACAAGGCAAGUGGAAGUAGAAUCAUCUGGAAAUCUGAAAGUUGAGAUAGUCGCAGUAGAAGAACCAGCGAUUGAGGAACAAGAUAUUGAAAAUUCUAAUACCUUAAGAGCGAGACCAUCAAUUAAAUAUCAACUACCAGCAACUCAAGACAUUACACCACUUCCUACUGAACCUUCUCCUCCUCUUUCAUUCGUUAAUCCUGUUAAAUUUCUGGAGGAUGUUCAAAAAGCUGAAACGAAUGGAUUUACCAAGGGGGAGAAUGUUGAACAACCAGAAGUUGAUAAGAGUAAAUUACAAUAA